ACAACACCUCUUCUUUUUCUCUCUCAUCCACAUUCUCUCUAUCUUUUGCUUCACCAAAAACACCUUUCCCCCUUUCAACUCAACAUAGUCCAAUUGCCCAUCAUGGCUCGCAAGUUCUUCGUCGGCGGCAACUUCAAGAUGAACGGCUCCGUGUCGUCCAUCAAGGAGAUUGUUUCUAACCUCAACAACGCCACCCUCGACGAGAACGCAGAGGUCGUCGUCUCCCCUCCCGCCCUCUACCUCUCUCUCGUCCGCGAGACCAUCCGCCCCGACAUCGAGGUCGCCGCCCAGAACGUCUUCGACAAGCCCAACGGUGCCUUCACUGGCGAGAUCUCCGUUUCUCAACUCAAGGACAGCAACAUCAACUGGGCCAUCCUCGGCCACUCUGAGCGCCGAACCAUCCUCGGCGAGUCCGACGAUGUCGUCUCCUCCAAGACCAAGUACGCCACCGAGAACGGCCUGAAGGUCAUCUGGUGCUGCGGUGAGAGCCUCGAGACCCGCGAGGCCGGCAAGACCAUCGAGUUCGUCUCUGCCCAGAUCGAGUCCCUCAAGUCCCAGAUCUCCGACUGGAGCAACAUCGUCAUCGCCUACGAGCCCAUCUGGGCCAUUGGCACUGGCAAGGUUGCCACCGUCGAGCAGGCUCAGGAGGUCCACAAGGCCAUCCGAGACCUCCUUCGCAGCAUCAGCGACAAGGUCGCCGACGAGACCCGCAUCCUCUACGGCGGCAGCGUCAACGAGAAGAACUGCGGCGAGCUCUCCAAGCAGCCCGACAUUGACGGUUUCCUCGUCGGUGGUGCUUCCCUCAAGCCUGCCUUUGUGGACAUCAUCAACGCCACCAAGCAGUAAGGAACCAAUAUCAAAAGUAAAAGGCCUCCUUCAGACAAGGAUAUACUGUCUUGAAGGAAGAGCAGAUAGAUGAUGAAUGAAAUAAAAAUACCCAUGAA